AGAACGUUUAGAGAGAGAGAAGAGGCAGACAGACAUCUUUUUGUUUUUGUUGUCUUUGUGGACACUUGCCUCUGUCUCUGUCUCUCUGUGUAUCUCUUUUGUUUUCGAAGAUGUAAAGAUUUUUUUCAUUUUCCUUAAAAUAAUCGUCCCUUUGUAAUCUCCUUAGAUUUCUCUGUCUCUCCUCUAGCCGACUCCACAGAUUUGAACCCUUUUUUUCUUUCUCUCUAAGUUCUCUGUUCUCAUACUAAGAACGUGUGAAGAACUGAAAAUUCAGAAGAUCUUAUUUCUUUUUUGAUGGCUAAAGUUUAUUGGCCAUAUUUCGAUCCUGAAUAUGAGAACUUGAGCACCAGAAUCAACCCUCCAAGUGUUUCCAUAGAUAACACUAGCUGCAAAGAAUGUACUCUUGUCAAGGUUGACAGUAUGAACAAACCUGGAAUACUACUGGAAGUUGUGCAAGUCCUCACCGAUCUUGAUCUCACAAUCACCAAAGCAUAUAUUUCUUCUGAUGGUGGAUGGUUCAUGGACGUAUUCCAUGUCACUGAUCAACAAGGAAACAAGGUUACUGAUAGCAAGACCAUCGAUUACAUCGAAAAGGUGUUAGGACCAAAGGGUCAUGCUUCGGCUUCACAAAACACUUGGCCAGGUAAAAGAGUAGGUGUCCAUUCAUUAGGCGACCACACAUCGAUCGAGAUUAUUGCUCGUGAUCGUCCUGGUCUCUUGUCUGAGAUCUCAGCCGUGCUAGCAGACCUGCACUUCAACGUGGUGGCAGCUGAAGCAUGGACUCAUAACCGUAGGAUCGCUUGUGUUCUCUAUGUGAAUGAUAACGAAACGUCUAGAGCUGUAGAAGACGCAGAGAGAUUGUCUGCCAUGGAAGAACAGCUCAACCUUGUGCUACGUGGAUGUGAACAAGAAGAUGAGAAAGUUGCUCGGACGAGUCUCUCCAUUGGUUCGACUCAUGUUGACCGUAGGCUUCAUCAGAUGCUAUUCGCUGAUAGAGACUACGAAGCAGUGACUACUAAGCUUGAUGGUUCCACUUCUCCUGGACUCGAUCCCAAGAUCACGGUUGAGCAUUGCGAAGAGAAAGGUUACUCGGUGAUAAGCGUGAGCUGCGAGGAUCGAGCCAAGCUCAUGUUCGACAUUGUAUGCACGCUUACGGAUAUGCAAUACAUUGUGUUUCACGCCACGAUUUCAUCCAACGGUCCUCAUGCCUCCCAAGAGUAUUUCAUCAGACACAAAGACGGUUGCACGCUGGACUCGGAAGGAGAGAAAGAGAGAGUUAUCAAAUGCCUAGAAGCUGCAAUCCAUAGAAGAGUCAGCGAGGGUUGGAGUUUGGAGCUCUGCGCAAAGGACAGAGUUGGAUUACUGUCGGAAGUAACUAGGAUUCUGAGAGAGCACGGGCUUUCAGUGACAAGAGCUGGUGUGACAACAGUAGGAGAACAAGCGGUUAACGUUUUCUAUGUGAGAGAUGCUUCAGGGAAUCCAGUGGACGUGAAGACAAUCGAGGCGUUACGCGGAGAGAUCGGACACAGUAUGAUGAUUAACGUCAAGAACAAGGUUCCAAGCAGAAGAGGGAAAGAAGAAGGUCAAGCCGGUACAGGAGGAGGAUGGGCCAAAACCAGUUUCUUCUUUGGGAAUUUGCUAGAGAAGUUGUUGCCUUGAGAGAAAAGGUAACUAUCAAUCAAUUACAUUGUGUGGAUAAAUUGUACUGUUAAAUGUGUAUUCUGGUCUAGAAGGUCUAGUGGGGUGUUUUGACUUGGUUAGGGAUUUUGGUGGUAACCCGAAAUCGAACCGAACCAAAACCGGGUUUUUGGUUACUUAUUCAUAGUAAGACCGGGAAAUGCACCGUUUGAACAUGUCUAUAAUAGAAUAAUAAUAUGGACCUUCUCCAAUUGGAAGGUUUGCUUUUGUGUAUGAAACUCAAUCCUUCUUGUUAUCUAUUUUCUUUAACCAAUUGUAUGAUAUCCCAUAUUGUUAA